AUGGAUUAAAAAACUAAAGUGGAAGUAUAUUAAAAAUAUUAUAAAGUAGAGUGAUCUAUGUGACAAUUAGAAUAAGUAUUUUAAACAAAGUAAACCUUUGUUAUUGAGUUAAAUUAUCAAUAUUAGAUUAAACUAACCUAGACCAGAAGAACGGAAACAUCAUUCAGAAGCAAUCAAAUAAGUAUUAUUUAUUGUAUAAUGAUGGUAGCAAGCUAGAGCAUUUAAUAUAAAUAAAUGGUAGGAAAUGAUUGAUAAAGAUGAAUUAUACUAGAUGUCAUUGACUGGCCAUUUAAUUAAAGCAAUUUAACUUUAAAAUGGUAAUGCUACUUUGAACAACCUCAUAAAUGUAACAGAACCUUAUCUCCCAUACUUAAGAAGAUAAAAUGGUAAAAAUUUCACAGGUAUGGCUACGAGAACAGUAAAAGGAUGCUUAUCUGCAGUUGUUUUUAAAAGAAAUGAUGAAUCUAGUUGGUCUGUUGAUGAAACUAAAGUUGAAGAAUUUAUAAAUCUAGCUAAUAAGAAAUUAGCUUAUUUUUUUGAAAAACUAAAGAAAAAUUUUCCAAUGUAUGACAGUAUUAAAUAAGAAUCUAAUGGAAAGAAAUCAAAAAAGAAAAUAAAAUCAGAAGCUAAAAGAGAUGAUGAUUAAUUCAAUAAUCAUUUUUAAUAGUUUUUAGAUUAAAAGUCUGAUAUGUAAGAUCAUAUUAAAAUUGAAAACAAUUUCUAAUCAUUUGAUUAAAAUGCUACAAAUAGAGCCAAUUCAGAUUGGCUUUAUUCAAUCAGUGACAAUAUCUUUAAGAAUCUAUAGUAUAUAAGAUCAGGUGAAAAAUUAGAAGAUUAGUUUUUAGGAAAUUUAAUAGCUUUUUAUAACAUGAAGAGUUAGUUAGAGAGAAUGUAAGAAUGUUAAAGAUAUGUUGAUUGA